AGUCUGCUUUCGCUUCUCAUGCGGUCUGGGUUUUUCCUCCCUUCCUUUGGUCUCGCCGGAAAAUCCUUGUGUCGCGAUCGCGUCCGUUGCCUUGUCUCGAAAUCUGCAUAAAUACAUAUAUGUGUAUAGCUGUGACUAUAGCUACGCCGCCGUUGUGCAAAUAUUAAUAUUUUGAGCUAAAACACAUACUUUUGUGAGCUGCAUAAAUAAGCAAGUGCACAUACGUACAUACGUAUGUAUAGUCGUAACGCCAAAGUGUGUGAAUAAUCGGUGCGAACGUGGGAAUCGCGCUGGCGUUGCAAGUUCGCGGUGCAGUUGUUGCUGCUGUAACGUCAAUGUGGAGUGUCAAUUAUGUGGAAAUAUAUUUACAAAGAUGCCCCCUGUUUGUGUGUGUGAGUGAUUCUCCUGGCACUGAAUGUCACUAAAAGAGGGUGGGAGUGGAAGUGGAAGUGGGGCUGCCCUCUUUCCAGUGCGUGUAGAUCAGUUACCGCCAGCAACAACAACAACGACAACAACGACAAGAACAAGAACAGCAGCAAUAACAAACAAACAAACAAACAAGCCAGCGACAAUUCACAUUCAUUCCCAUUCAUUGCUGCGAUUAUCGCCAGUUUUGCUUUGCUCUUUCACCACGCACGAAUACGAUUACGAUUACGAAUACGAAUACGAACGUAGGAGAAUGUGCGGGGGCUGCGGAGGCCGAAGCGAAUGAAGAGGAAGCGGCAACAGUCGAUAAGUUCGCUCUGGGCACGCCCCCUUAUGACGCCCCCUGUGACGCGUUAUCAGCGGACACCCAAGAAACACAACAAACACAAAGACCUGACCAAAAUCCACACAAAAUGGCGAUAAACUCGAGUGCCAGAGAAUCGCCGCGGGCCUAAAAAGUUCGUUCCCCAAACUAAAAAGGAGGUAAACAAACUCGUUUCUGCCCCACAACAACACAACCCGAUCCCGCACCACAGAGCCCACCACAACCAGCGAUAAGCAUCCGAAGACGAAGAUUUGGGUGGCCCAGUCCACAGAAAACCCCGCACCAACCCCGAAACAAGCGCCUAAGAUGUGUUCCCGCAACAUAAAGAUCUCGGUGGUGCUGUUUCUCGUCCUGAUACCAAUCUUCGCCGCCUUGCCACACAACCACAAUCUGUCGAAGCGCAGCAACUUCUUCGACCUGGAGUGCAAGGGCAUCUUCAACAAGACCAUGUUCUUCCGACUGGACCGCAUCUGCGAGGACUGCUACCAGUUGUUCCGCGAGACGAGUAUACACCGAUUAUGCAAGAAAGACUGCUUUGAUUCAAAAUGGUUUGGCGAAUGCCUGAAAGUGCUGUUAAUACCCGAAGAGGAAAUAUCCAACCUACAGCACUUUCUGAGAGUAGUGAACGGCUCGCCCAUAUCCUUCAACAUGGGGCCGCAAACAUAACUCUAAGUUCCCGCCCCACACACCCACAGCCCCAACACACCAUACACCAUACAGCACACAACACACAACACACACCACACACCACAGACAGCUGAGAAUCGCUGCGAAUAUCGUGGGUUGGAACGGGCAUCCGCAUCCAGAUACAGAUCCAGAUCCAGAAACAGUCCCACUACGACCACAAAUGCAGAGCCAGAACACAGAAAUCUAAAAUAUUACAACGCCCAAAUUUAAUUCGUACUUAUUUAUUACUGUAUGCCUUACAGUUUUUACUAUAUGUGUUUUUUUAAAAACGAAUUAUUUUUAUUAAUUUAUUGAGAACGUUAUGCGUUUGUUGUAAGUAACAUAAUCGGGGAGUGGGAGAUGGGCGAUGAUGAUCUGAUGAUCAGAUGAUCAGAUGAUGAUGAUGCGGAGGAGGAGGAUCGCAGAUCUCGCACUCCCCACAUAUACAUAGAAGCCGAAGUAUUUAUUUUUAAGUAUUCUUAGCUUGUUUUAUUAUUAUUGCGUUAUGCGGUUUGUAUAUAAAAUAAACAAAACGAAAUCCAUUGUUUUUAAUCUAUGUAAUGUAAAAUUAUAACUUUUAUUUUUGUAUCUGUAUUCUACUGUAAAAUCAGCAUUUAGAGUUUACAUUUUACACGAUUUUCCGCAAGGGCAAAACUACAAUGAUAAAGAUAAACCCAUACAAGCACACAUACACACACUACACACACGCAUAUAUAUAUACACCGCAAUCGAGACCGAAAGUAUUUUGCAAAUGUAUUACACUUACAAUUUUGUGCUAUUUUGUAAAGAUGAAACCCUGAAUUAGUGUAAAUCUGUUGGCGCAAAACGGAGAUAUGUAUUUGCCUAUAUAGUAUAUAGUAUAUGCAUACCUAUCUAAAGCUAAAGCCUUACAUGUAUCCGAAUACGAGUACCCUACACACAUGCUAAAUAUUAGAGAGAAACGCAAGAUCGCAAUUUGUGCAAGACACAAACAAAAACCUGGUAAAAACACGCGAAGAACGGAACGACUGCAUUACAAAUGUGGCAAUAAAUAAUACAUAAUUAAUAAACCCCUGUAAAUUAAUAAAGGAUAAUCAAUCAUUCGCUGGCUAUUUGAGAGCAUCAAAAUUGUGAUAAAUGAGAAUUAGAAUGCGAAUGCGCGACGCAGGACACCGCCAGAGAAAGAGACCGCCAUAGAGGAGGCGAAAGAGACAGACAGACUGCAGCUGGCGAUUUGCGCGCGUUUCUGGCGCGACUAAAAACGCCCGCUUACCGUUUUUGUUUUGGCAAGAAUGCUUCGGAUCGCCCUUCUUCAACGCCUGCAUAGAGGCUCUUCAGCUGCACGAGGAGAUGGACAAGUAUAACGAAUGGCGCGAUACCCUGGGUCGCAAGUAAAGUGCGAUUCUCUGGGAUUUUCUGGCACCGUCACUGGCACGAGCAGCUACUUAAUUCUAUAAACUAUUAACUAAAACUAUUAUUAUUGAUAACUGUGGCAGAACACGGCACGAAACUAUGGCAACCAGGAAACGAUCGACCCGAGGAAUGUGUACCACUUAAAGAAACAACUAAGCUAACAUCUAGCUACAAGAGAAAGCAGAUCAAAAAUGUUGAAAAAAAAUUAUGAAAACAAUUACUAAACUAUUACACGCUACUUAUCCGCACUUAUAUCGGAAAGUUUAAAUUGGUCUAUAUAUUAUUUCUAUCAUCUGUCAUGAAUCAGUCUCGUGGAGCUUUUAGUUGUAGUGAAUUACGUGAAUUAUGCUUAUUUCUUUUAGUUCUUCGCGCAGAAGGAAAGCAAAAGGUUAUGCCAAGAAACAAAUAUGAGAACAAACAAACAAGCAAACAAACAAACGAACGAACAAACGAACAAGAAUCAAAAUGUCUGAUGUAUAUAACUAUUUUUGUCUUCUUUUAAAGAUUUCUAUACAUAUUUAUAACGCCUAACUGAUUUGUACAUUUCUUUUAUUUCGUAAGCUUAAGUUAAUUUGUUACGGCAAUAAAUUUUACGUUCCACACCUUCCCACAUAUGCACUCCUGCAAUAGAACGGAAAUCACAUCUGAGCAACCCCACACGGCAUAAUUCGAUUCGAUUCUAUGUAGUAUUGCAAUGCCCUACGAUUACAUAACUAUUAAUUAAUUUAAACUUGUUUGGAUCUAGUCGUAAAAUAUAAAUAAAGAUUGUAUAUUUCAAGAGGA